UAAAUAAUUGUCAUUGAGAGGUAUCUGAAACGUCUGAAACAUGUGAUGUUGUGUAUGUUGCCGUUCUUCGUUAAUUCUCAUUGUUUAUUAAAUAUAACAGGCAGUGUAUAAAUAUGGGUAAAAAAGUCCAACUCAAGCGGCUGCAGUCGCAGCGCUCGGCACAGCUGAAACGAAUGAUUAAAACCACAGAUAAUCGGCUAAAGACUGAGGAUCGGGAUGCGCCGAAAAAGAAGAAAAAAACCGACGAACCCGAGCUCAAACUGAUGGAGAAGCCACAGGUCAGCUCGGCAAUGUUCUUCCAGUACAACACACAGCUUGGACCGCCCUAUCACAUUCUAGUCGAUACCAAUUUCAUCAACUUCAGCAUUAAAAACAAACUGGAUAUAAUCAAAACCAUGAUGGACUGUUUGUACGCGAAGUGUAUCCCGUACGUUACGGAUUGCGUUGUGGGUGAAUUGGAAAAGUUAGGGCAAAAAUACAAACUGGCGUUAAGAAUCAUCAAGGAUUCCAGAUUCGAGCGGAUCAAGUGCAUGCAUCGGGGAACUUAUGCGGACGACUGUCUAGUACAGCGAGUUACCCAGCAUAAGUGCUACAUCGUAGCCACGAACGAUAAAGAUUUGAAACGAAGAAUCAGAAAAAUCCCGGGAGUACCGAUUAUGAAUGUGGCACUCAAUCGAUAUGUGAUCGAACGAAUGCCGGAUGCAUUCGAACCGAUGGCUAAAAAAUAAACUUGAUUUUCUCAUAA